GUUUGAGACAUGCGCUGUCGCUUUCUUUUUCCUUGCUGCCAUUUUAGAUUGCACAAGCACGUGUAAAAAUGCAGUUGUUUGUUCGUGGAACCAAGACACACACCUUGCAAAUUGCAGGUGAUGAAACUGUGCAGGAUGUCAAGACAUUUCUUAAUGGUACUGAAGGAUUUCCCUGUGAGGAGCAAGUCAUCCUGUAUGCUGGCAAGCCUCUAAGUGACAAUGUCAAACUCAUCAGCUUUGAUGACCUUGCCACCUUGGAAUGUGAUGUUCGAAUGCUGGGAGGUAAAGUCCACGGUUCUCUGGCUCGUGCUGGUAAAGUAAAGGGACAGACACCAAAGGUAGACAAACAGGAGAAGAAGAAGGCCAAGACUGGCCGUGCUAAGAGAAGGAUGCAAUACAACAGAAGGUUUGGUGUGACCGUGGCCACAUUCGGCCGAAGGAAGGGCCCCAAUGCCAACUCCUAAUUUAUAUGUCUUGACAUUGAGUGGAGUCUAGUUCUAUAUGCAGGAUGUGACAUGUGGCAGCGAACAUUUUGUGUGGAAACUGUGUCAACAUUUAUCCAGCAAUCAUUUUGAUCCUCUUCAGCUUGUAUUUCUGUAAAUAAAACUAGAUUCUAAAAUGAA